AGGUGCACCCAGAUAUAUAAAUAGGCAUUCCACACCUUUCUUGUUCACACUGAAAUUGAGCUGUUGCUCUAAGAAGCAAGAGGGCAGAAAAGAUUUAACAAUGGAAAAAUAUAUAGUCUCCAUCCUGAUUUUGGUUCUUGCUGUCUUGAAUACCCUGGCUAAAGAAACUACAACUAAAGAUGAAAGAAAAGACCCAAAAGAACCCAAAGAGAUCCACCCUAAACUUCCACAGACUCUGUCAAGGGGCUGGGGUGAUAAACAAAUCUGGACUCAGACUUAUGAAGAAGCUCUUUUUAAAUCCAAAACAAGCAAUAAGCCUAUAAUGAUCAUCCACCACUUAGAAGAGUGCCCUCAUAGUCAAGCGCUGAAGAAGGCAUUUGCUGAACACAAAGAUAUACAGAAAUUGGCACCAAACUUUAUUCUUCUCAAUCUUAUGUAUGAAACUACAGAUAAACAUCUUGCACCAGAUGGUCAAUAUGUACCCAGAAUUAUGUUUGUAGAUCCUACACUGACUAUUAGAGCAGAUAUUACUGGAAGAUAUUCCAACCGUCUCUAUGCUUAUGAGCCUCAAGAUAUUCAACUGUUGUAUACAAAUAUGCAGAAAGCUCUGAUUCUGCUAAAGACUGAAUUGUGAAGAAAGAAAAGUGACCUACUCUCAGCUCUUCUGUUCCUGAUAGGCCAAAUAUGCUUAUUUUUCUUCCCAAAAUGAAGGCAGUCUGUACUUUGGAUUUGCAUAGGAUAUGGUUUGCUAAUAUGCUACCUUUUAAUACCACAACUCUGUUAUAAAUAUUCACUUGUAAUGUUAUGACAUUAAGUAUUGAUUGCUUUUAUAAAAUAAAAUAAAGUAUGCUAAAUCACAAUUACAUCUUUACAUCCAUAUUACAUUUUUACCAAAAAAGAAUCUCCCUCGUUGUUAUUUUUAAAAUCAUCUGUAAGUUUCUUAGUCAAAAGUAAUACCCAGGUAAAAUAUCUGAAAGAGGUGAGAAUGAAAAUCAGAAAAUGAAGUGUAUAAAAUUAAAAAUAUCAAAGUGUAUUUGGAUCAAUUCAUGGUGUCUUCAGUCUGGGUGAGAAAAAAAAAUUAUGUAAGAAUUUGAAGAUCAAUAUCUAUCAAUGCAAUGUACCAAAAAUUGUGCUUUGACUGCAUUUUGCAAACCACUUCUAUUAUGAGGAAUAAACACAUGAAUUUAAAUAACUAAA